CGACUACUACCACUCAUAUUAUUAACUUACCACCACCCAACUUGACUUCCGUUAGACUAAACUACUAUCAGGUAAGAGUCUCCCUCUCUUUUCUACACCACCACCUCUCUACUACCACCGACACCACCACCUUCUCUCUUUCUCUUCUUCUCUCUCUUUCUCUUCUCUCGCUUCCUUCCUCUCUCUCUCUCUCUCUCUCUUUCCGUGCAUGAGAUCUUUAGCGUCUCUGCCCUCUCCCCUUUGUUGCCUUGCCCGUAUAUUGGGGGUCUAUUACGGCCAUUCAUCCAUUUUCAUUUUCUUGUUUCCCUAUUUCCUGCCCAGCUUUUCUCUUCUGGGUAGUCCCUCCCCCCCCCCAAUUUGCCUACCUACCCACCCAACCCACCUAGACUCUGUUUCCUCGUUUCGUGAUCGAUCGCCGCAUUUUGACUCUCUUUCUCCUUCUCCCUCCCUCUCCUUCGGACCCCAUUCUCUUUCUGUUUCUCUGUUCCUCUCUCGCCUUUCGUUCUUUCUACCUUCAUCUCUUCUUUCCAUAUUUGAAUCUUCUCCGCCAGAUCGGAGGAGCUAUUAUCGGGCUUCUAACUUCGACUUGUUUUCUUCCUUAUCUCUCUCAUCUCUUGUGACUCUGGGAAGCUCCAUACCUUGUCACCCCGAACGAUCUUGCGAACUAAGCGGUGCAAUACAUUAAACAUCCCUGUCACUGAUCCAAGAUACAUCAGUGUAAUCCUGCCUAGCCCGCCCGCAAACCCCCCUCCAAGCCACUUUCCGGGCGCCUGCCAACAACACCACCCUCAACUCACCACUGGUGCCCGAACGCCUUGUUUUCCCUUGCUGUGUUGGUCCUGCGUCUUCCACUCGUAUCCCACGACCUACUCUCCAUCAUUCGUCUUCUUGCGUUUCGAACAAAAUUCUCGGAAUCAACAGCGAAGCUCAUAUCGCUGCCG